GGGACAGAAUAAUAUAGUACUCACAAAUACACCAUCAUCCCCCAGCCUCUGACGGUCUAUACGGAUGAUUCGCCAAGAAUUUGGUUGGAACCACAUACCUUGGUGAAUAUGAGCAUGAAAGAUCAGUCGGUCAGUCAGUUGACAGACGACCGUCUAGCUGAGAACCCUGCCUACCCUGUAUCAACCCCGCCAUCGUGACUAAGCAUUUGCUACCCCCCUUCACGUCCAGAUCCCACCAAACUCCUCGCGGGGCAGCGAAAUUCUCCAAGGCAUUGAUCACAACCGCGCGCCAUGGGCAAAUCCUCCAAAGACAAGCGCGACGCGUACUACCGGCUCGCCAAAGAGCAAGGGUGGCGCGCCCGAAGCGCCUUCAAGCUCCUGCAGCUGGACGAAGAAUUCGACCUCUUCGCCAAUGUCUCCCGCGUCGUCGACCUCUGCGCCGCCCCGGGCUCCUGGUCCCAAGUCCUGUCGCGCGUCCUGAUCAAGGGCGAGACGUUCGGCCGGGCCGCAUGGCAGGACCGCGAGGCCAAGUUCAGGCAGCAGAUGCUGGGUGUUCUCCCUGAACAGACCACAGAGCAGCGAGCGCAGCUGGAGGCCGAAUUGGCCCAGCAGGUCACCGAGUCGAAACCAAGAAAGGACGUCAAGAUUGUCUCUAUUGAUCUGCAGCCCAUCUCGCCGCUGGCGGGUAUCACAACACUACGAGCAGACAUUACGCAUCCCGCGACCGUCCCACUCCUGCUGUCCGCUCUGGACCCCGAGUACGAUGCUGCGGCCCCCAAUGGCAACCAGGCCUCCCAGCCCGUCGACCUCGUCAUCAGCGAUGGCGCGCCUGAUGUGACCGGCCUCCACGACCUCGACAUCUACGUACAGUCCCAGCUUCUGUUUGCUGCGCUGAACCUCGCGCUCUGUGUCCUGAAGCCCGGCGGCAAGUUUGUCGCCAAGAUAUUCCGCGGCCGCAACGUCGACGUGCUCUACGCGCAGCUCAAGAUCUUCUUUGAGCGGGUCGUCGUGGCCAAGCCGAGGAGCAGUCGCGCCAGCAGCGUGGAGGCCUUUAUUGUGUGCCUGAACUUUAGGCCACCGCCAGGCUUCCGUGCCAGCCUGGACGAGCCCCUCGGCGUCGGGGACAGGCUGGACCGCAUGGUCGCGCAGCGGGCGAUGCAGACGCCUGUCGUGGCGGACGUGCUCAUGCAAGACCCGGCGCGGGCCACCUGGAGCUGCCUGGAGCCCCCCGCCUUCUCCGCCGGCGGCGACGAGGUUCCCGAGUUGCAAGUGUACGACGAGACGGAGGAUACAUCGCAAGAACAGAAGCACGUUCGGUGGAUUGCUCCCUUUGUCGCCUGUGGAGACUUGUCGGCGUUCGAUUCGGACGCCUCCUACCAACUACCAGACGACUACGUCUCUCUAGACCCCGUCCAGCCCCCCAUUGCGCCUCCGUACAAACGCGCCAUUGAGAUGCGCGCAGCCGGUCUCUCGCGGUGAAGAAAUCCAAGUACGAAAACAGCCCAGUCCAUAGCCAGAUCGAUCAAUGAUCCUCAGGAAUGCCCUUUUCCGCGCACCCCUGCGUUGAAAGUCGGGCAGGAUGAAGACGUCGGUCAGGUACGCGAAGCUGACAUAGUCGGU